CUGUGGAAUCGACCAGCUGGUCGAUCCUGGGGAGUGGAUAUAAAUACUUCGGGCAUGCCUUGUUCAAAUCUCGAAAAUCUAUACACAUCCGCCAUUUCCCCUCUGACUUUGAGACCAUAACCGUGUUCGAGAGCCACUCUGGGAACUGGAUCUCCUUUACGUGGCCCGCCAUCAAGAGUUUUUCCACUUCCGCCUCAAUUACUCUAUCCAUCUCUGCCCCAUGGUUCCUCCUCUUUUGCUUCACCGGCCUUACUGUGAGGUCGAUGUUCAAACGGUGUUCAAUAACUUCGGCCUUAAUGCCCGUCAACUCCUCCAGCGAGUAUGCAAACACAUCUGCAAAAUCUCUUAUCACCUUAAUGAGCUUCGAUCUCACCGGCUCUUCCAAUUCCUUUCCGAUCCGAAAUUUUCUCUCUUCGCAUCCCUCGACCAUCUGUAUUUCCUCUACUUCACCCCCCCCGGCCGCAUUUCUGCACUCUCUCUCCCCCUCUCCA